CUGGGCCUCAGAAAUUAAGAGGAUUCCCGGCCCCCUCCACGGAUAGAAUCCGAAGCGCUUUAGCUUUGGGCCUCGCCCCUCUUGUCGUGUCACGUGACAGGCAGCGGCAGGGGUCGCGUCGCGAUUGCUAUGGCGGUCGAGCCCGCGGCUCUGUCGCUGCGUGUGUUAGCGGAAUGCAGGCGAAGCAAGGCUCGUGCUUGCGAGUUACGGCUGCCACACGGCACCGUGAAUUGUCCCGUUUUCAUGCCGGUUGGUACUCAGGGAACCAUGAAAGGUCUCACCGCCACGCAGCUGGAUGCUCUAGGAUGCCGCCUGUGCCUGGGCAACACCUACCAUCUAGGCAUGCGACCCGGACCAGAGCUUAUCCAAAAAGCCAAUGGACUCCAUGGCUUUAUGAACUGGUCAGGAAACCUUCUCACAGACAGUGGUGGGUUCCAGAUGGUCUCUCUGGUGGAGCUGUCCACUGUGACUGAGGAGGGAGUGCACUUCUCUUCUCCAUACGAUGGCAAGGAGAUUCUGCUGACUCCAGAGAAAUCCAUUGAAAUACAGAAUGCUCUUGGCUCUGACAUCAUGAUGCAGUUAGAUGAUGUGGUCAGCAGCACAGUCAGUGGUCCACGGGUAGAGGAAGCCAUGCUCAGGUCCAUUCGCUGGCUGGACAGAUGUAUUGCAGCACACCCCAAGCCCAGCCAGCAGAAUUUAUUUGCUAUUAUCCAGGGUGGACUGGAUCCUUCGCUCCGAUCCAAGUGUUUGGAAGAAAUGACUAAACGAGAUGUGCCAGGCUUUGCCAUUGGGGGCCUGAGUGGUGGCGAAGCCAAAGAGCACUUCUGGAGGAUGGUGGAUCUCAGUACAAAUAAGCUCCCCAGGAACAAGCCUCGCUAUCUUAUGGGAGUAGGUUAUGCUACGGACCUGGUGGUGUGUGUGGCCCUGGGCUGCGACAUGUUUGAUUGUGUCUUCCCCACGAGGACUGCACGCUUUGGCUCAGCCUUGGUCCCCUGCGGCUCCUUGCAGCUGAAGAACAAGCAAUACGCCAAGGACUUCCGGCCCAUUGAUGAGAACUGUGAUUGCCCCACCUGCCAGAGGUAUAGUCGAGCUUUCUUGAAUGCUCUCUUCCGCAGUGACACAACUGCCAUGCACCAUGUUACCAUCCAUAAUAUUGCUUACCAGCUGAACCUGAUGCAUUUAAUCCAGGAAAGCAUUAUUGAACAGAGGUUCCCACAGUUUGUUCAGGACUUCAUGAAGACCAUGUAUGGAAACUUAGGCAGCUACCCACAGUGGGCCACAGAAGCCCUGGCCUCGGUUGGAAUUAUCCUGGAGUGAGACUGGAGGGAUACGGUUGCUGGCAGGGCCACCAGUGAGCAGAAUUCAGCUUGGAGCCCAGUACUUGUGGAACAGCAUGUCUCCUGAAUCCAGGUCUAUCAGUGAUUGCUUGCCCUACUUCCGCAGCUGUACUAGUCCUUCUUUCCAGAACAGUGACCUGGGCAUUUGCAGCACUGAAUACCUCUUUCUAUCAAGGAAUUCUUAGGAAGAACCUGAGGAGCUGCUACUCCUGACAGUUUAUCGCAAUGGUUAAAUUGGAACUUGAAAGGUCUUUAUUUUUAUAUUUUUAAUAUGUGAAAAUUCUUAUUUUUAAACUUGUUAUUAAAUUCUUAAAUUCAUUUGCAUUUUCUACACAAUUUCUCUGAGCAGUAUUCAACUAACACAUCCUGUCAGUGCAAGAAUUACAGCUUUUCCCCGUCUCCUCGCCCUGCACACGCCCCAUGCCAUCCCCAGACUUGCUCUGGAGGCAUGGGGGGGGAACCCCUAGAACACAUUUGGGGGCACACUGGGCAGGAGAGCUGGGGAAGUCCUGUCGUGCUAGUGGUAAUCCUUGUGCUGGUGGGACUGUGACUUAGCACUGCGUUGCAUAUAGCCCUCUGAAUCUAGAAAAGAUGUUUGUGGAGCUGGCAGUCUGAGCAGAGCUAAGCAUGCUAUGCAGAUUCUCAGAGAAGCAAUUGGUGUUUUGUGCUCAGAGUAAAUAAAAGUAUACAAUUGAAAA